GUCAUCGUUUAGCCGGACUGAGAGGGCGAAGGGAAAUGAAGGCUAACACGUGGAGAUAGCAAUUCGUCGUGUUUUGCUUUUCACUUCAGGGUCGCGCAGUGCCUUUGUUCAACCGUGCCUUGUCAACGGCGACUCUGUGUCGUUAGCUAAAGGCGACGUCCACCUCCCAGCUUUAGUGGCGAGCUGGUUUAGCUGCCUUAUCAUGGCGGACAACGGAGACGACGAUCCCCAGUACACAAUCAAAGAGGGUGACCACGUAGUGUUGAAGCGAGGGGACAUCUUCAAAGCUAUUCAAGUUCUACCCAAAAAGAAGGUGAUCUUUGAGAAGCAGUGGUUCUUCCUGGACAAUGCAGUGGGUCAACUGUACAGCAGCACGUUCGAGAUCGUGUCUGGGAACCUGCAGCCAAAGAAGCCCAAGGACACAGAGGGCUCGAGUGAUGCAAAGGAGGCGGGCACAGACAACAGGCACAUUGUGGACGAUGGGAAAUCACAGAAACUGACCAGGGAUGACAUUGAGACGCUCAAAGAGCAAGGUCUGAAGGGUCAGGAAAUCAUUCAGCAGCUUAUAGACAACAGCUCCACAUUCAGAGAUAAGACUGAGUAUGCCCAGGAUAAGUACAUCAAGAAGAAAAAGAAGAAGUAUGAAAACACCGUGAAGAUUCUGAAACCGUCCUGUCGCAUCUUGGCCAUGAUGUACCAUGGCCGCGAACCAGGAAAGAUCUGCCACCUGCGGUAUGACGCACUUGCCCAGAUGUUGACUCUGGCAAACAUCCACGCCGGCAGCAAAGUUCUGGUGUUCGAGACUUGCGCUGGCCUCGUGCUGGGCUCCGUCAUGGAAAGAAUGGGAGGCUACGGUUCAGUGAUCCAAAUGUACCCAGGAGGUGGGCCUGGGCGAGCGGGCAUGGAGAGCUUUGGCCUCCCUGCACAUUUCCACGAUAUGCUGCAUGACUUUCCCAUCUGCCAUGUCAACGCUCUGCUGGCUGGCACUCUGGACACCACUGCCAAAGACCAAAGUGCUGUUGAGAAGCAGUCGAACAUGGCUGCAGACGAGGAGCAAAACCAGCCUGAGGUCAAGCAGCAGGUCAGCCCAGAGGAAAAGAGCAUGGAGACCAACACUGGUGAUGACGCUGCCCUGGACCAGGAAACAAAAGAGAGGGAUCAACGCAGAGAAGCUAAAGCUGAGGAAAAAAAGGUGAAGCUGGAGGAGAAGCGGAAAAAGCUGGCAGCAGUUGCCUCCCUGCUGGAAGGCAGAAAUGCAGACGGGUUGAUUAUCGCCAGCCGGUUUCACCCGUGUCCUGUCCUCAUGGGCCUGCUCAAGUUCCUCUCCCCCUCUAGGCCUUUUGUAGUCCACUCCCAGUACAAAGAGCCUCUUAUUGAGUGCUACACAAAGCUCAGGGAACAAGGCGGCACGGUCAACCUCCGACUGACAGACACCUGGCUCAGACAUUAUCAGGUGUUGCCCAACAGGACCCAUCCUCUGCUUCUGAUGAGUGGGGGCGGGGGCUACCUCCUCUCAGGGACAACGGUUGCCACGGACCGCGCCAAACCCGGGGGCUCCCAGCGAUCUGAGGAACCAGCACCAAAGAGACAGAAACUGACAGACACCGAGGGAUAAACAAACAGAAGCAUCAGAUCUUUUCAGGGCACAUUUUCUAACGGCGUACAGGGAUUUCCCUCAAGCACUGACCUUCCUUUCUGCUGAACUGAUUUGACACGUGUGUAAUAAGAGAGACCGAGUGUCUGGUCUGUACUCAUCAAACCCCAUCUCCCAUCUCCCGUCUUGUGUAUUCAGAUCAGUGCAGACGGAGGCGUAAUGCUGAGGAGUAAACUGUGCGCCGGUUUAGGCUCUCGGAGCUCACUGUACGUUUUAUGUAAGAAACUGCUGAAAUUAUCUUUUUUGUGUUGAGAGAAAGUGGCAGGUUUGUGUUUGAUUCCCUGAGACCAGGACUUAAAACAUUUUUUUUUUUCAAGUUAAUGCUCCCCAGCUUCUAGGUUAACUUUUUUAUUUUAUUUUAUGUCGUUAUUCCUGCAGAAAGUGCAAUUUUUUUAAUAUGAUCCAAUCCAAUUAUGAAGCUUCACCGUGUGCUAAAUCUGUAUCUGCACAGAAUUAAAAACCAGUACUAAA